UAGUUGGAUUAGGUUAGAGGAAGGAUUGGAGAGUGGAGAGAUGGAGGUUCUUUGGGCGCUUGCAGUGGGCUUGACCACUUUGGUGGUGGUGCGGAGGUGGUGGUGUGCAAAACACCGCGGAGAGGGCCCGAGGCUCCCUCCGGGGACCAGGGGAUGGCCCCUCGUAGGAGAGACCCUCCAAUUUUUUGCUAUAUUCGGCUCAGAAAGCACCGAAAGCUUCAUCGUAAAAAAGAUGCAAAAAUACAAAACUCAGGUCUUCAGGACCCAAAUCCUGGGCAGUCCAAUGGCGGUAUUUUGCGGAGCCACCGGCAACAAAUUCAUCUUCUCGAACGAGAACCGGGUGCUUGUAACCUCAUGGCCAACCUCUGUAGCAAAGCUCUUCGGAACCUCCAUAAUAACCACUGCCGGAGACGAGGCCAAGAGGGUUCGAAAGCUCCUGAUGGCUUUCUUGAGUCCAGAAGCACUCCACAAGUUUGUUGGCCAAAUGGACUCCGCGGCACGACUGCACCUUAAAAGAAACUGGGAUGGGAAAGCUGAGGUAAAGGUCUACCAUAUGUUGAAGGUCUAUACCUUCUCCUUGGCCUGCAGCCUGCUCGCCAGUAUAGAGAGCGAAGAGCGAAAAAUGGAGCUAUCAGCACUCUUCAAUGUCUUCCUCCAGGGGAUGAUGCAUAUGGACCUGAAAAUCCCGGGAACAAGAUACUACAAGGCUAAAAAGGCCGUCGAUGCCCUUCGAAGAGAGCUGAGGAAGGAGGUGAAUGGCAGGAAGGAGGCUCUACGGGCCGGAACAGCAAACCCGAAGCAGGACUUGAUGUCGUAUUUGCUCACCACCGCCGAUGACAGCGGCAAGUACAUGAGUGAUGAGGAGGUUGUAGACAAUAUCAUCAACCUGCUCUUCGCCGGACAUGACACGAGCAGCUCCACCCUGUUGAUGGUGCUCAAGCACCUAGCCGAGAAGCCUUACUACUACAAUGAAAUCCUCAAUGAACAAAGGGAAAUUGAGAAGUCGAAGGGCAAAGAAGAAGUACUGAAUUGGGAAGACCUCAAAAAGAUGAAAUACACAUGGAAUGUGGUGUGUGAGGUAAUGAGAGUUUCACCAACGGUCUCGGGAACUUUCAGACACGCCAUAACCGAUUUCGACUAUGCAGGCUUCCGCAUACCUAAGGGCUGGAAGCUCCAUUGGAAUGCGCAUACUACACACAAGAUGGAAGAUUAUUUUCCAGAACCUGAAAAAUUCGACCCCUCUCGCUUUGAGGGAGAGGGUCCACCACCUUACUCAUUUGUGCCUUUUGGAGGGGGACCACGUAUGUGCCCUGGGCUUGAAUUUGCAAGAGUGGAGAUGCUAGUCUUCUUGCACAAUUUGGUGAAGAAUUAUAAGUGGAAAUUGGUUUUCCCAAAUGAGAAGAUUCUCAUGGAUCCUAUGCCUCUUGCUGCAAAGGGACUCCCAGUUCACCUCCUCCCACAUCUGCAGCAUUCAUGAUUCUCUCUCUCUCUCUCUCUCUCUCUCUCUGACAUGGCUUGGUUUUCUAUGGAACAAAAGUCCAUAAGUGUAACAUGAUUUGUGUACUUGUACCUCAAUAAUUUUUCUACUUUAUAGAUUAAUUACUUCCACAAGUUAUCCAAGUGUUCUACGUCGCAUUAAGGCGCGUUGUC